AUAAAAUCUGUCCGGACCUUUGGAGUAGUUCAAAGGAAGGACUGGCUAUAAAAGCUUGGUGGUUCCAGCGAGGACAUCCUGCAAAGUGAAUGUGAGAAGCCACAGACAUCCCCUGCCGGAAAUUUCAGCGAGGAAAACAAAUGGGUGAAGAAAGCUUGAAGAGAAGAAAAGGAAGAGAGGACAGACAAUCCGUUCAGAGUCAUGAGCCCCCAACCAUGAACCUACAGAAGCAGAUGGGCCUCAUGAGUGGAAUCUGCAUGAUUGUUGGGACAAUUAUUGGCUCAGGGAUCUUCGUCUCUCCAAAAUCAGUUCUUGCCAAUGUUGAAGCUGUGGGUCCUUGUUUAACCAUCUGGGCAGCCUGUGGAGUUCUGGCAACAUUAGGUGCCCUUUGUUUUGCUGAGCUUGGUACAAUGAUCACAAAGUCUGGGGGAGAAUACCCUUACCUCAUGGAGGCAUUUGGCCCAAUCCCAGCCUUUUUGUUUUCUUGGACGAGCUUGCUGGUCACAAAACCCAGCUCCUUUGCAAUCAUCUGCCUCAGCUUUGCAGAAUAUGCAUCAGCUCCGUUCUACCCAGGCUGUGACCCCCCCCAGGCUGUCAUCAAGUGUCUGGCAGCAGCUGCCAUCGCGGUAAUUACAAUUGUGAAUUCACUGAGUGUGAAGCUGGGAAGUUACCUCCAGAAUUUUCUCACAGCUGCUAAAAUGAUCAUUGUCACAGUCAUUAUUGUAAGUGGAAUUGUUCUCCUUGCACAAGGAAAAACAGAUAACUUCAAAGAUUCUUUCAAGGGCAGUAAAAUUUCUGUUAGCUCUCUCAGUUUGGCAUUUUAUAAUGGACUCUGGGCAUAUGAUGGAUGGAAUCAACUCAAUUACAUCACAGAAGAACUUAAAAAUCCUUACAGAAAUCUGCCACUGUCCAUAAUUAUUGGAAUCCCCUUGGUCACAGUUUGUUACGUUCUGAUAAACAUUUCCUACUUCACUGUGAUGACUUCAACAGAGCUCCUGCAGUCCCAGGCUGUUGCUGUGACAUUUGGAGAUAGAGUCCUUUACCCAGCCUCUUGGAUAGUUCCUCUCUUUGUGGUGUUUUCUACCCUUGGAUCUGCCAAUGGCACCUGUUUCACUUCAGGCAGACUUGUUUAUGUUGCAGGUCGGGAGGGGCACGUGCUGAAGCUCCUGUCUUACAUCAGUGUCAAGCACUUAACUCCAGCACCUGCCAUCAUAUUUUAUGGGACCAUUGCUAUUAUUUAUAUUAUUCCUGGUGACAUUGAUUCACUCAUAAAUUACUUCAGCUUUGCAGUCUGGAUAUUUUAUGGUUUAACUGUGCUUGGACUAAUUGUUAUGAGGUUUACAAGGAAGGAACUCAAGAGACCCAUCAGGGUACCCAUCAUCAUUCCUGCCAUAGUGACCCUGGUCUCAGUUGUGCUGGUGCUGGCACCAAUCAUCAGUGCACCUGAACUGCCCUAUCUGUACUGUACUUUAUUUAUUCUUAGUGGACUUGUGGCUUAUGCACUUUUUGUUCAUUGCAAAUUCAGCUGGGCACAAAAAAUAUCAAAGCCCAUCACCAUGCACCUCCAGAUGCUUAUGGAAGUUGUUCCAGAAGAGGACAUUACUGAAUGA